CUCACCCCCUGCCCGCGCCCCCUCCCUUCCUGUCCCGUACGUCGGUUUUGCUCUCCACGCACCCCCGGGACAGCGUGAGACACCCCUCCCGUGGACUCACCCCCGCCGGGGCGGACGGGAUCCCGCCGGGAACGCUCGGCUCCUGCGCCAGGGUUCCGGAACCUUCCCUCCACCGCACCAGGAUGGCCCGAAUCCCAGCAUGCAUCACUCUGCUGGGAGCGUGCCUGUUCUUCACCCUCAGGGCUGAAGGUGGGCAGAACCCUGACCAUGUGCUCCACGGCACGGGGGCGAAGCACGGCUCGGACCCCAAGCGGCCCGGAGACGACGCCACCGUGUCCCCGGAGGACGCCGCGCGCUUCCUCAGCUGCCACUGCUCCGGCCACUGCCCCGACGACGCCAAGAACAACACCUGCGAGACAAAUGGCCAGUGCUUUGCCAUUAUCGAAGAGGAUGAACAUGGAGAGGCUAUCCUUACCUCUGGCUGUAUGAAGUAUGAAGGCUCGCAUUUUCAGUGCAAGGAUUCCCCCCGAGCGCAGACGAGGCGGACCAUCGAGUGCUGCCAGACGGACUUCUGCAACCGGGACCUGCAGCCGACGCUGCCGCCGGCCCUGGAGCCGGAUCACCGUUUCGGCAGUGCCCAUUGGCUGGCCUUCCUCAUAUCGGUGACCGUGUGCUGCUGCACUCUCAUCGCCAUCACCCUCAUCUGCUACUACAGGUACAAGUGGCAGACGGACCGGCAGCGUUACCAUAGAGACCUGGAACAGGACGAGGCCUUCAUCCCCGUGGGAGAGUCCCUCAAAGACCUGAUCAACCAAUCCCAGAGCUCGGGCAGCGGGUCCGGCCUCCCCCUGCUGGUGCAGCGCACCAUCGCCAAGCAGAUCCAGAUGGUGCGGCAGAUCGGGAAGGGGCGGUACGGGGAGGUGUGGCUGGGCCGCUGGCGGGGGGAGAAGGUCGCCGUCAAGGUGUUCUUCACCCGCGAGGAGGGCAGCUGGUUCCGGGAGACAGAGAUCUACCAGACCGUCCUCAUGAGGCACGAGAACAUCCUGGGGUUCAUUGCGGCGGACAUCAAGGGCACCGGCUCGUUCACGCAGCUCUUCCUGAUCACGGACUACCACGAGAGCGGCUCGCUGUACGACUACCUGAAGUUCACCACGCUGGACACCAAGGCCCUGCUGCGGCUGGCGUACUCGGCUGCCUGCGGCCUGUGCCACCUGCACACGGAGAUCUACGGCACGCAGGGCAAGCCCGCCAUCGCCCACCGCGACCUCAAGAGCAAGAACAUCCUGAUCAAGAAGAACGGCACCUGCUGCAUCGCCGACCUGGGGCUGGCCGUCAAGUUCAACAGUGACACCAACGAGGUGGACGUUCCCCUGAGCACCCGCGUGGGCACCAAGCGCUACAUGGCUCCCGAGGUCCUGGACGAGUCGCUCAACAAGAACCACUUCCAGGCCUACAUCAUGGCCGACAUCUACAGCUACGGCCUGCUCAUCUGGGAGAUGGCUCGGCGCUGCAUUACUGGAGGUAUAGUGGAGGAGUACCAGCUGCCGUACUACGACAUGGUGCCCACGGACCCGUCCUACGAGGACAUGCGGGAGGUGGUGUGCGUGAAGUGCCUACGGCCCACCGUGUCCAACCGCUGGAACAGUGACGAGUGUCUGAGAGCCAUGCUGAAGCUCAUGUCUGAGUGCUGGGCCCAUAGCCCCGCCUCUCGACUCACAGUUCUGCGGGUAAAGAAGACCCUCGCCAAAAUGGUGGAAUCUCAGGACAUCAAAAUAUGAGCGACUCACAACCUCGCAGCCACACCGGGGAGGAACUCGUUGCCGUUUCAAAAGGUUAUGAUUAUGAAUUUAUUGCUUCACCUCGAGAGAAGGGGGCGGAGCUGGUGGGACAGGGACAAAGAGCUCAGCCCCACCCCUCAGACUCGAUCACUGACAGACGAUUGGUUCAGAGACAGUGCUGAGACUAAUGGAAUCUCACAGACAGCCUGCCAUUGGUUCUCCUUGCUCUUUCAGCAUCGGAAUUCUGGGAAAUUGGAAGAGAAGAACUGUGAUUGGUGCUUUCUGUGAAAGCCAUAGACUACAUCACAUGGGGGGGGGGUGGUUUGGAGGGAGGUGGGAUUAAAAGAAGAAACAACAUAAACAGGAAAUGGAGCACUUCACCGGCGACACCAAGUCAGCAAAAGACAUUACCUGCCAAUUACAUUUUUUUUUUUGCCUGUUUACAUGCAAGCCGUCUUUGUUUGUACCAGGACAAUGUCUUUUUCCUGCCAUAUUAAAAUAUAUUUCCGACUCUUAAGUAUAGUAAUUAUAAAGGAAGGUAACAGGAAUCAAUUUGUAUUUAAUAUGUAAAUAAAUCAUUACUAGAUGCUGUGCCUAUACGAAAAAAAACACUUUAUGCUGCAAACGUCUAUGGUUGGUUUCCAGUGUGCAGUGCAUCAUGGGACAUCCUGGGACAUCCUGGGGCAGUGGGGCUGUGCCUGAAUCACAGCAAUGGCUCAGUGUGUUUAAGACAACGGACCUCAUCCAGUACGAGAUACACCUAGUAUACAAAACAAACCUUUUCACGUUUUAUCGAGGGAAAGAAAAAGAACAAGAUCCGAAGAAUAUGGCGAACGAAAAUCGAAGGUUUUUCUUGUCUAAAAUUGAUUUGUAAAAUAUCGUAUCCUGUCCAGUCUUCAACCUGUUUUUUUUAUUUUUUAUUUGUCCCUUUGUUCUGUAAUGUCUAUUGUGGGAGAAAAACUGCAUGUGAAUAGAGGAGGGUAAGGACAGGCAAGAAUGCAGGUAGUUUCUUAUGGUGGGUGUGUACGCUUGGUUCAUUUAAACAUGGUUCUGAAAGCUUCCGGGCCAAUCACAGGCUUCCGGCUACUGCACAACCGUUACCUCCACCGCACGCUGCAAACGGACGUCGGCUCAGUUUCGUUCGUAUGGCACUUUUUAGAGACACUGUCACUGAGACGCUUCGCGUGAAAAACAGGAAGUGGAAAAACUGUGGAAGACCGGGCCCUCAAAUCCCAGUAAGAGAGGUUAAUAAGAAAAAGGAGAAAAAAAAAUCUUAGUGGAAAGGGGGGG